AUGGCUGAAAUCCGUCGCAAGCUCGUUAUCGUGGGUGAUGGUGCCUGCGGUAAGACAUGUCUCCUGAUCGUUUUCUCCAAGGGAACUUUCCCAGAGGUCUACGUCCCCACCGUUUUUGAGAACUACGUGGCCGAUGUCGAGGUUGAUAACAAACGUGUCGAAUUGGCUCUUUGGGAUACGGCUGGCCAGGAAGAUUACGACCGUCUCCGACCGCUGUCCUACCCUGACUCACAUGUCAUCUUGAUUUGCUUUGCCGUUGACUCCCCAGACUCUUUGGACAACGUUCAGGAGAAGUGGAUCUCCGAGGUUCUUCACUUCUGCCAGGGCCUUCCUAUCAUUUUGGUUGGCUGCAAGGUCGAUCUCCGUGACGACCAGAAGACGAUUGAUGAGUUGAACAAGACCUCUCAGCGACCCGUCACUUUCGAACAGGGCGAGGAGGUUCGCAAGAAGAUUGGUGCCUACAAGUACCUCGAGUGCUCUGCCCGUACCGGCCACGGUGUCCGCGAAGUGUUCGAGACUGCCACACGGGCGGCCCUUUUGACCAAGGCUCAGAGCAAAAAGAGCAAGUGCCUUGUCCUGUAA